ACCAGGUUAGAGUCCAUGGGCUUGGUAAUGCCUCCAGUCUGCAAGAGUGCAUCAGAUGGCUUCUGGAAAUCUGUGGCCACGCGGGUGCCCAAGGAGCCCCCUGAGAUUCGCAUCCUCAACCCAUACUUCAUCCAGGAGGCCGCCUUCACCCUCAUCGGACUGCCCUUCAACAAUGGCCUCAUGGGCCGCGGGAACAUCCCAACCCUUGGCAGUGUGGCAGUGACCAUGGCACUACACGGCUGUGACGAGGUGGCAGUCGCAGGCUUUGGCUACGACAUGAGCACGCCCAAUGCACCCCUGCACUACUAUGAGACCGUGCGCAUGGCAGCCAUCAAAGAGGUGCCGGGCUGGGCCACCUCAAGCGAUGAGAAGUUACUGCAGGAAUUUAAGAGAGACUUGGAAAACCAGGAACGGCCUUACAGCGGGGCCCCCCGGAGUCCCAGGCAGAGGGUGCGAGGCCGUAACCAGCUCACGCGGGGCUUCGUGGGCCGUGGUGAGGAGUUGGGACUCGACUCUGAAGGCCAGGAGGAGCUACGGGAGGCUUUUGGGCUGUAG